AUGAAGCCAAUAAGUAUUGAGCAUUUGCCACAAAAUUGUCUCUUGAAAACCCUCCCUCAUUCUGCUUUCAUUGCAAAUGCGUGGCACAAUCAUUUAAAUCCCAAUAUUAAGAAAGAUGCUUGGACCAUGGAGGAGGAACUUACUCUGCUGAAUGCUCACAGGAUUCAUGGCAAUAAAUGGGCUGAAUUAGCUAAGCUUCUGCCUGGAAGAACUGAUAAUGCUAUCAAGAAUCACUGGAAUAGUUCUUUGAAGAAGAAGUUAGACUUCUAUUUGGCUACUGGAAAUCUUCCAUCAAUUUCUAAAAACGUUCCUCAAAAUGGUUGGAGAGACGUGAAUAGAACAGCUUCAGCUGGAGAGUUACUUCUUUGCUCAAAUAAUGGAUUGGAUUCAAUUGCCUUAGCUUCGUCUGGAGCUACUGACACACGUAUAAUACAAGAAGGGAGGGAUAAACUAGAGACCAUUACCAAGAUUCACAGUAUAGUUGCCUCUGUCAGUGAUCCCCUGAAUGAGUCUCUCAAUUCUGAAGGUGCUAAAAGUGAGAUACUGCCAUCAGAAGCAGACAAAAUUUAUUCAAGCCCAAAAUCUAAGUUUGAGCAAUGUGAAACACAUGGUGAAGCUGAUAAAUGCAGGACAAUAGCAACAUCGAUGCAUGGUGAUACUGCGUUAUAUGGGACACUAUAUUAUGAACCGCCGCAAUUAAAUAAUUAUGACUUGCUAGAUUCAAAUCCAAAUGUUUCUUACAUGCAGUCUGAAUCAGACGUUAGUUGCAUAUUAUCGCCUACGACCUUAGUGACUCCAACCGCCUUGAAAGUUGGAAGUUUUUCCUCACGAACUCCAGAAUAUUUAUUGAAAAUCGCUGCCCAAAGCUUUCCAAAUACUCCAUCUAUAUUACGGAAAAGAAAAUCUGAAACUCAGCUAUCCCCGCCAUUAAGUAGAAAUUGGAAGCCAGAUGAGGAAGCAAUCAAGGAAACAAGUCAAUCUACUGAUGAGCAUAAUCAAACAAAUAGUUUAGAGGAUACUAAGUUGCAAGACAAAAUUUUGCAUUCAGAUCCUUCUUGUGCUGGUGUCAUUGACUUGUGCAAUGCGAAGUCUUACAAUGCAUCUCCUCUAUACCAGUUAAGAACCAGAAGAACUUCUGUUCUUAAGUCUGUGGAGAAGCAGCUAGACUUUACAUUAAAUGUGGAUCAGGAGCGCUGCGAAGAAAAGGCCAAAUCUGUGGAUUUGUCGGUCAAAGGAAUCCCUCCUGUUACAAAGUAUGUCUAUACACGUCAAAGACGGGUGUGACUCAGAAUGUGAAUCUAAUGAACGUUGAAAAUAGUGCUGAAGUUGGUCAAGAUCUUCAGGUGGUGUAUUGAUUAAAAACGGAGGUUAUGAAGAAUAAUUUAAGACGCCCUCUUCAACUGCCGAAUCAUAUAUUUUAAGGUAUGUCCUGAAUUUCCUAUCUUAGGAUCAUGGAGAAGCACAGAUGGUCCUGGUAGUGUUUUAUGUUUUGAAUAAAGAGCAAUGGUUAUGCUUGGAAUGUCACUGGAGGUGUAAUUGAUUUGUACAGCUAUCACCUUAAAUAUAGAAACUGAAAUGUGGUUAUAUCGGAAGUAUAGUUCUCCCUAAAUAAGAUCAACUUGUUCUAUUA